AUGGGACUCCCAGACAUAUCUCAAGAUACCUUUGGCUAUGAGUCGAAAACAACUCUCGAUCUCCGGAAUAGUGUCGAUGAUGUAACGCCCAUCCCGGCGCAGGAGAGCAGACUCCAUCUAUUCGAGACCCAGCCUUCAUCCGAGGAGCAGCAAUGGACGCCCGAUCUGCGAGACUGGUUGGUCUUCAUCAACAUACUCAUCCUUGCGAUGAUGGACACUUUUGAUGCGACGGUGAUGAUGCCAGUUCUGCCGGAACUGGCCAAUACCUUCGACAAACCCCUCGUCAGCACUCUCUGGGUCAACACCGUGUAUCUCGUUAUCAGCGCUGCCAGCCAACUAUUCUUCACGAUGAUGUGCGAUGUUUUCAGCCACGGACCGUUGUGGAUUAUCGCAGGUGUGCUGAGCACGAUCGGCUCUGGUGUAUGCGGUGGCUCGAUGAGCCUGACCGAGCUUAUCAUCGGCCGCUUGGUCCAGGGCAUUGGCGGAGGUGGUGCAACGGCGCUUUGCUGGGUGAUAAUGGCAGAUACAACCCCAGAGUCCAUCCACUCACGAUACUCAUGCUAUAUCUUGUUGACACGACUCAUUGGAUCAAUGCUGGGCCCGGCCGUGGGCGGGCUUUUCAUCGACAAGGGCAAUUGGACUUGGGCUUGUUAUUUCAACUUUGUUUUCUGCGGACUAGGUUUGUUGUUGAUUCCCCUCUCCGUGGAUUUGCGCGUUUCGAAGAACAUUCCGCUCCGGAAGCUGCGUAUCUUGGAUUGGUCUGGGGCCACGAUGGCGUUGUUGGGCCCAUCUAGUAUUCUGAUCGGGCUGGGCUGGAGCGGCAUCUUGUAUCGGUGGCUUGAGUGGCAGGCUUUGAUGCCUAUCGCUGUUGGUGUUGCGACACUCAUUGCGCUGGUGUUGUAUGAGUCGAUGUGGGCAUUGCACCCACAAUUCGGUGCGAGAAUAUUCAGAUCUCCGGCAGCGAUCAUGACCUAUGUUGGUUGCUUCUGUCAUGGCUUUGUGAUUCUAUGUCAGAUGCAGUACUUUUCCCUCUACUUCCUGGCGACCAAGUACUAUUCUCCCACGGUUGCAGGACUGGCACUUCUGGCACUCACUGGGUUAGCACUUACACCUGCAGCCGUGGUAGGAAUCGUGCUUGCAAGUGAACCGCAAUGUUCCAAAUACAUCACCUCUGGGGGAUGGGCAUUAACCAUGCUCGCAUCCGGUUGUUCCAUUCUUCUCGACCGCACAACACCCACUGUUGGAUGGGUGUUUCUUUUCUUUUCAGCAGGUCUCGGCCAUGGACUCCUUCUGGCAAGCUAUAAUAUCGAAGUGCACAAUAUGCCCAAGGGUGAAGGAAAAUCCUUCACCACCAAGCCGAUUGUCAUUUCCAACUUCAUGCGGGCGUGGGGGAUGGCCGUGGCUAUACCUAUGGGAGGCGUGGUGUUCUUGAACUUGUUCGGGAAUAAGCUCCAGCGCCUGGGUCUUAAGCGCGAUCUGAUCAAUACUGCCAACGGAUAUAUAGUACUCAUGAAUCAGGUACAGAUGUCGGAUGAACAGAGACAAGCUAUUCAGGAUGCCUCGGCGACAGCCCUGCAGAUUGUAUGGGAGCUUAUCACAGGAGUUAGCGCUGUGGGUGGAUUGUCUUCAGUAUUCUUGUGGAAGAAAAAGUCAUAA